CCGCACUGUUAUCGAUUAUUUAUAAUGUGGACAAACUAUCAUCGACGAUAGUUCGAUAUCGAUACGUUGUUGAAAAGAAUAUAAAUAAAUAAAGGCGCCCAAAAUGGACCUCAGGCCUAUGAUUUUGCAAACAUGCACGGGAAGAUUGCUAUCCGAAUACCAAUUAAAUUUACUCCGUAAGAACAACAUAUGCUCCUUGAUCGACUUUUAUGAUGCGGAUGAGAAGAAACUCCACGAGCUAUGGGCCAUAAACAUACAAUCUGUUCGGGAAUUGAAGAAGGAAUUGUCUCUGUUGCCAAAAGGUUCAGUUGAUGAAGGCACUCCGGACUUCAAUUACGAUACAGGAAUCGAAGAGUUGGACAAACUGUUGGACUCCGUAGAGCAGCCCUUUAAGCCAGGCAGAGUCUGGGAACUCUGUGGUCAACCAGGCGUAGGCAAGACCCAGCUGUUGUACACGUUGGCCCUAAAUUUCGUCUGGAAGCAUAGCCAGGCAGUAUUAUUCAUAGACACCAAGCGGGAAUUCUCCUGUAAGAGAAUACAGGACAUGCUUCGGGCCAGGGAAGUGGAUGAAGAAGCCAGUGAAAGGGCCAUGAAAGGAAUCCGGGUGGUGCAGGCUGCCACUGGUGCUGAUAUAAAUGAUCUGCUAAAAUCCUUUGAUCAUCAAUUGACCGCUGAAACACAUGCUUCCAUGCAAACGAAGUUGGUCCUUAUUGAUUCGCUUGCCGCUUGCUUCGCUUUCUAUCGCGGCCGUAGGAUGCGGGACGUCAGAAAGUCAGUGCUGACAGAAUUGGCUUGCAAGAUCCGGAAACUAGCUCUCAGGGGCGUGGCUUUUGUCAUUGGGAAUGUGUCAUUCUUUGAAAACAAUAAAGAUAGUUGUGGUGAUGAUGGAGAGCAAAAUGGCGACGAUGAGGAAGUGACACGACAGCAGUUGGAGCCCAUGUUGGGAUCCUACUGGAGCUCGGUUGCCACGCUCAGAUUGUCGGUGGAGCUUCCAGAGGAAGAGGACUUCACCCUCCAGGACGAUGGCCUGCGUUUCAUUUACGUCAUCUCGAACACAUAUGGCCCUGAUGGUGAGCACUGUCUGCUGCGCAUCACGGAUGCAGGCGUGGUCUAACGCCGGGCAAAUGGAUUUUGCGGAUUUUGCUGUUUGUAGGACUUCAUAACCCGUUUGCCCGGCUCCAGAGCAUCGCCCAGACCCGGGCGCUUACGCCUGUUGAAAUUACCCGGUGCAGCUUCUACGACCACAGGCACUGAUUGAUCCGGUAAUGCACUCUUCUCCGCCGCCUCAUCCACCGACAAGUCGGAAUCGUGAGCAUACUGGCAACUGGUGCCAAAGCGGCAGCGUCCCCUUCUAAAGUUCCAGCAAAUCUUACGGCCAUUCUUCAACUUUUGGUGCGCGUCGUUGUCGACCAUCUUCACGUGCCGCUCCAGCGACGCGGUUUUAUGCAGCUCGGCCUCCAGGAAGGGAUUGUUAAACACAUCUCCCUUUCCAGCUCCUUGGGAAAAAGCUUGGCUAGCACUGGGCAACUUGGGAGGAGGAGUCUUCUCAUUUUUGGCUGGUGCCGCACUGGAAAUGCACAAGAAUUGGAAUCCUAUGUCAUACAGCAGGCGAUAAGGAAGGUCACCUCUUUGUUUCCCCGUCUUCGGAAAAUUGGCCACUGCUGUCUUCAUCGGAUUCGGAGGAGUCGCUAUAAUCUGCCACCAGCGACAUUAUUAUUGUUUUGUUUAUAGAUCUAGCCAAAACAAUAUGUUGUGAAAAAUAAGCUAACGCGUUUUGCUUAGCCGCAUUAAAAUACCAAAAAAAAAUGUCUGUUUAGUAUUAACAUACCACUACACUUAAAAAAAGGAUUUGCUCUAUCAAAAUUAUUAAACGCCCCAUUAAAAGAUUGCAAAUAAAAUCUGGUUGAAUCCAUAAACU